UACUUUUAUUCAAACUGGUGACUCAAUAAAUCGACUUUAAUUCACACUAAAAAUAUCUCCUAGCUAAUGUCUGAAGUCCUGAAUGAUUUGCUGGAAGGGAAAGUAACAAGUAAUGAAGUAGUUAACUGGAUUACUGGCUCCGGUACAAUACGAUACAAAUGCAGCAAGGACGCCUUUAUCUGCCACUUUUUGGCUUGGUUACAUAGUCACGUGACUCACGCAGUACAGAGUGAACCGUCACAUCACCACGGUAAUAACCAUGGUUACUAUAGCAACAAGUCCAGGAACACUCCUAAUAGAAAGAGAACGGAUAAGAGAAGGAGUAAUGGUGCUCAUUACAGUCCGGGAAAUACAUCGCACAAAGGUUCGCGGACUCCUAAAAGUGGGAGCAAGACCCCCCAGACUCCCUUCAAGGACUCUCUGACUUCAAUGACCGACUACCCUCCUUUGAGUAGCUCCACUCCUGUCGAAGACACAGUUUCUCGUAUCACUAACGAAGAAGAAGUUUUAAUCGUGAAGCGGAAGGUGGAUUUCUCUCGGUCCUUCACGUCGAGUAAUAGGUCACAAGGGAGAGAUGAAAGUGCCUGUAGCCGUGGUGGUACCCCUGGGUCUCCUCCUGUCGUUAGGAGAGUUGCUCUCACUCCUGCUCCUUCCAAACAGCAGAUGACACAGUUAACACAGCACGUCAAGGAAACAACCCCCUUCAGCCAGGAUUCUGUUUCAACUCCCAACGGUGACGUCACCACAUCAUUGGUCAUGAGUUUUGAUAACCCUUCCAACAUUGAUCAAGAUCGUGGGCAAAAUGUGGACUUCCAGAUGAACAUUACCCCGACUAAGAAACCUGUGAAGAAACCGUCUGUGAACGGGGACAUUAUAGAUAACAAGUCUGUUUUUGGAAGUACCUCCAUCUUUGAGAAUAUUUCUGGGGUUGAACUAACGAAGAGUGGUGAUUCAGAAAGUUUUAUGCCGGAUAAAGACUCUGAUUCAUCAGCGCUUUCUAUAUCACAAGUAAACAAAAAACAAAUUGAAAAGGAUGCUGAUAAUAAACUUGUAUCAACAAAAUCAGUUAAUCCGCCCUCACGCAAAAAGAAAAUAAAGCGUGUCCCACUGAUGACAAUUUCAAACCAUGCCAAACCUAACUGGGCAGAAAAGUCCGAAUUUCCACCCGGAAAAAGUUCUUCGACGGAGAAACUAGAUGUUAAAGACUUAGACUCUAGGUUUGGCGACCGUUUAAAAGGUGGCUCAAACGAAAUUUAUUCAAACUCGUCUGGUUUUAUCGAAGAGUCUUAUAAUAAAUGUUCACGUGAUUCUUUUAAAGAACUUUCGAUUCCCUCAAGUGACUCUAAUGCAAAUGGCUUCGGGAGUAAGGGAGGCAAUGCACCUUUGAUCGAGACUAAGCGACUGACUCCACAGAAAUGCACUCUCACCAGCGGGACAAAGAAUUGCGGUGUUGAAUCUAAUCCUUUUCUCCAAUCACAAACUGUUGAGAAUGGAGAUUCUUCAUUUGAUAUUUCUACCUCUGAGAAACUUUCGUGUUCGGAUAACACAAUACCAAUAAGAAGAGUAUCGUUGCAACCGGUCAAGUCAAAGGAUUCCCAGAUCCAGGAGAUUGGUUUUACAACUAGUUUCACCACCACCAAUACAAGCUGUCCCUCUACUUGCUUUGGAUCAACUGUGACUGCCGGCAAAGUAAGCUCAGUUGGACCUGGUAGAAGAGUGACACUUACUCCCGCAAAAUCUUCGGACAAUUCUCUGACCCAGAAUAGUGGUCUAGCCACCGAUACAAACUGUCCUGCUCCUUGCUUUGGAGCUAACCCAGUUUCAACUGCGAAUAUCAGCAAAGGAAACUCUGGGCUUCCUGUUAGAAGAGUAACGCUAACUCCCUCCAAAACUUUAGACAAUUCUCUGAUUCAGAAUAGUGGUUUGGCCACGAGUUUAACCAAUACCAAUACAAACUGUCCUGCUCCUUGCUUUGGAGUGAACCCUGUUUCAACUGCGAAUAUCAGCAAAUUCAAAGGAGGUUCAGUUUUACCUAUUAGAAGAGUCGUGCUGACUCCCUCGAAAACUUCUGCUACUGAACAAAAUGUCGUAAUAUUUAGUAAUAGACCUUCGGCAAAUACUUCCUCGACAAUAGUUCAACCGGAUGGUUAUUCAGAGAGGCCUAUAGAAAACUCUGUGAAGUUGGAUAAAUCAGAGAACGAACUCUCAGAAGCUAAGCGAAAGGAGAGGACCCUUGUUUACAACCUUGCUGAGAUAUACACGGUUAUACUAAAUGAGGUAUUAAUCAGUAAUAUGGCUACAGAACUACAGCUACUUCUAUCAAUGAUAAAGUCCCCCUCUACUAAGGCUGUAUCUUACAUAACAUCUCAUCGAAUAUAUUUCAUCUCUACUGUACUCAAGGGUCUAGAUGUCUGGACAAGACAUCUGUCUCCUGCUUUGCUUGUGGAACUGGAGAAACAUGUGAAUAUCUCUGUUACUAGAGUGAAUCCUCCUCUCCCUCUUUUUGCUUAUGAUAUUUCGAUAGCGAGUGUACCAUUCCAAAUAGAUGAGGACACACGGCCACAGUUCCCUAACGACAGAGUAUUUCACGUUUUCAAACGAAUUAGGGACACAUUCCACAGUUUACUGAGAGACUGGGAGGAAGGACACAGCAGUUCCCAUUCCUGGAGUACUGAACAGGUGCUAGGAGAGAGAAUGAAGAGUCUUCUGAAUCAGAAGCUGCAGCUAGCUAUAUUCACUCAUUUUAGCAAGUUGUUUAUCAGCCUACUGUUAAAGAAAUACAAGUCUGAUUUGUGUGAGUUGAAACGUAACUCUACUGAUAAACUGAAGAAGUUACAGACAAGACUAUCGGAAAGUGACAAAGUUUCGAGUAAAAUAUGUGGACCGGCAACUUUUCCUAAAUCUCAAGACUUCUUCAAAACUUUUAUUGUCGUGUCCCAGAAUUAUUCGUUAAACAAACACUUGACUGACCACCUAAUAGGAAAGAUAGCUCUGUUAGAUAAACAAACCAAGAGCUUGUUCACUGACAGUAUCGACCUAGACCAAAGUGACCUACAGGAAGAUUUCAGCUGGAACCUGUUGUCAGUGCAACUUCUGGGCAAGUUCCUUGGUCUAGUGUGGUACAUGCCGUACUAUACCACCCAGAAGAUUCCUCCUACAGUCUUGACUACUCUUAGAGAGACUAGAACUGAGCCAUUUCCCCUUGAUCUGGAUUGGUAUCUAAACCAAAGUAUAGCAGACGGAACCCUGACAUUAACACUACCCUGGGUAUGUGAGCUGCUGGUUAUGAUGGAUGCUGUGUGCGCCACGCUGAAGAGGAGCAAAGUCCUCUUGGCCGCUGUUAAUAACCUUUACAAUCAGCUGUCCAGUCUACCGAUACGACAGGAGAACAAGUUGAUGCUGCUCUUCAAGCUUGGAAGAGUAACGGAACUGUUGCUAGUACCACAUGGACUCUACACCUCAGACUCCACUUCUAGUUUUGAUUAUGAACCCACUCUGGACGCGUUACCGUUACUGAAUAGUACCCUACUUUACGCAUGCUGUCCCUGGCUCUCAACCCUACAACAAGUCAUCCUGAAACAGCCCCUCUCUGACUCCACCUCCGUCCCCCUCACCCCCACCAAGAUGUCCCUUGUAACCACGGACAACGGAACUCUUCUCCAGCUCCGUGAGAAUUUCUUCCACCACCAGCCCCAUACUGUUCGGAAGGUAUGUGAGUUUGUGUGUGAAAGAGUACACUCCAAUUCUCUGUUAGAGUUACAGGCACGAUUAGUUCCCAUGGUAAAGGAUGAGACGGGGAGUGAGAUAAAAUCCUGGAUUAACGAUCAAGAUCCGAAGGAAUUACUAGAACAUUCCCUGAACUCCAGACUACAGUUUUUCCUAGGCUCCCUGGUAUGUAAAUGUUGCGAGGGAGUGAAGGAGCAGUGUAUGGAGCUGGUUUUAGAGUUUUGUCAGACGUCUUGUGAUAGGUUUAUGAAGGAUUUGUUGCCCGCUAAUACGGAGAGCAGUGUAGUUGCUGUGGCGACGCGCUUAACUGUAGGUAAAGCACGUGGUAAAUGCGCGAUAUGGUGGAACACCAUGGCGAUGAGUUUUGUGGAGAGGGAGGUUCAGCAGAUAUCAGAUAUUCACAUCAAACAUGUUCUGAGCGAGGUGAGGAAUUUGGAGGUUGAGGAAUGUGAACUAAGAUCGCUCAAGGGUUGUGUGAGUGAUAUUUUAUUGGACAGAGAGUCAGAGGAUGGUUGUUGUUUUGAUGAUUCUGGGAAGAUCUCGGAAGGGAAAAUUGAGCGGCUUAUGAAACUGGUUAAAGAUACCGUGAUUAAUAAAGAAAACACCUCACUAUUUCAAAAUGUCGCCGAUGGUACAGUUGAUGUUUUGAUAGAGUACAUAUCAAAUCCAUCUACAACUCUAAAAUGUGAUCUGCGCCGUGGUGAUAAUUUAGGAGAUUCCUCAAAUACCGAGUCAGUGACGCCGAGAUUAGAACCCAAAACACAAAGCAAACUCCCUAAUUUAGACGGCACUGUGGACCUCCUGGAUCCUACAACCCACCUACUCCUACUUCUCCGUGAUAAGAAGGGAGUGGAAAUACCUCUUACCAAACUUCCCUCUCAAGUAUCCCACCACCUUCUUACUAGGAAUGUGAAGAAUGUGAACUGUCAGAACUCGUCCUCAGAGGACAGGUUUGUAGAAAUUUGUCUGAAACUCAUCUAUAUUGGCGUGUUAUCUCCCCCCAGAUUGGAGCAUUGGUUGCUGUGGUUGCUUGAGACAUCUGAUAAGGAAAGCAAGUGCAAGGUGGUUGCCAUGGCAACGAGAAUGAUGGACAAAUAUUUUGAACUUAAAGCGGGCGUAUUACAAGGAAGGUUAGAUACGUCCCGAGGGUUGCUUAUUUUGUAAAGCAGUACAUAGUCUCUGAUUUCGAGAUUUUAAGGAAUACACUAAAUUCGCUGUAAAGUUAAAUUAAAAUGAUGAAACGGGAAUUCGCGAGUAAUUUUGUUUUAUUUUCUCCGUAAGAUUUGUUAUAAUUGAGCCGUGAUUUUUGUUUAAGCUUUUGUGCACUGUUACGUUUGAUAUAUUCUAUAAAUAGUACUUGGGUAUAUUUAUAUCAUAUUAUUUACGUUGUUUUUACUGUAUUAUGUUUCUGGUUUUUAUUAUUAAAGCUGUUUGAUUCCAAA